AUGAGUAAAGUUCUUAAAACUGGCAGAGAGGUGAAUGCGAAACCUUCGCCGUAUUUUCUGACCGGCACAAAGGCAGGAUCACAACGGAGAGCUAGAGUAUGGAGCAAGCAUCGAACGAGAUCAUUUGAUGAUCCAGAUAAAAGAACGAAAUUGAUUCUUGCCACUGAAGAUUGUUGUCCAUUGCCAUGGGAGUUCGAAGGUUUCCUUAGGGACUGACUCGGGAAGAGUGCCGUCGAACAACUGGCAGCAGUAGCCUUCUCCAGUCAAUCCUGCUUGAACUUGGCCCAGUCUGUCAAUGGGUACGCAUAUGUUUCGAUGUUAAAGAAGAUAAAAUGGAAAAACUGGAUCAUUUUUGCGAGGAUGACACAAACACUUUAUCGUUCAUCUUUGUACAUGGCGUCUAUAUUCCAACCGAUUCUGAUGAAGCACGACCUCUUGGAUUGGAAUAUGAGGAGCUGGAUACGAUACGCAUUAACUUCCUUCUCGGAUCAAGAGGUGUAAGUGGCUUGUCAGGUAUUAUUUGA